GGAAAAUCAUCCAAACAAACCUUCGAACACAGCUAGCUAAAUGACGCUGUUCAACAUGCUCAGCCGUUUUAUCUGGGUUCGUGUUGUAUUCUGAGGGUGAAAAUGAUUUCAGUCAGCUAUAUUUUACUGUGCGGACAGUUUCUGCUGCUUCUCACAGUGACACUGUUACAAUGUUUGGAAGGAAUACACUCCCAAAAUUCGUCGGCAGCGGAUCCUACAGCUGCUACUGCUUCUCCUGGUCAGGGAGCAACCAUUUCCUCUUUCAGCGAGCAACCCCAGACCGGGAGCGGUGACAUACUAUUGGAACGUGAGAAUAAUACAGAUGUCUAUGAGUAUAGACCCCCGUCACCAGUUGUCCUUUGCAAAUUUCUACCUGAGGAGUUCAUUUACUGUCAGGACCCUGUGGAUCAUGCCGGCAACUACAGUGCCUUUCAGGAAAUGGGACACGGUUGUGUUGGAUGGGGCGGUCAGACUCAGAAAGAGGUGAAUCACACUGAGGUCAUGUGUUCUGCGCUCGAUGACAUAGAAUGUGCUGGACCCAGAGACUUCCUCAGGGGAAAUGUACCAUGCAUCAAAUACACUGGACACUACUUCAUCACCACACUGCUGUACUCCUUCUUCCUGGGAUGUUUUGGGGUGGAUCGCUUCUGCCUGGGCCACACCGGCACCGCGGUGGGGAAGCUGCUUACCCUUGGAGGACUGGGAAUCUGGUGGUUUGUGGACCUGAUCCUGCUCAUCACCGGUGGCUUGAUGCCCAGUGAUAACAGCAACUGGUGCACCUACUACUGAGACCAACGGAGGACUGAUCGGAUCGGAUCAUCAUGGAUGACUCCAGGGAAGUGUGUGUGGGGGUGGAUCUAGGGAUCUCUUUGAGGCUCCUACAGGGUUUCUCAAAAAAUUAUAUGGAUACCUUAAAUUGAAUUUCUUUUCUUGCUUGGAGAAUUGAUGUCUGUUAGAAUUGCACUUCUCAGCAUUAGUGCCAGACCAUGGGGGGAAAAAAAGAAACAUCUGGUCAAUUUGACAUUCACACUAAUUUGUUACAUAGCAAACCUUAAGGUAUAAGCAGAAGUCAUGUGGACUGACAGAUAGCUCAUUGAUUGGACUGUUUGUGUAAAUGUCAUCCUGCAUUCUGAAUGUAAUUAAAUCUGCAGCCUGCAGGGUUGAAAACCAGUAAAAGUCCAGUUCUUCAGCGUAUUGACUCGUUAUCAGAUCGGAUCAAUGAAGCAACUUGAGCUGAAUGCAGAAAGAGACGUCAGUAAAAUUGUUAUUAACACCAUUAUAUCUAAAAGUUUAUUUUAUCAACAUUAUCAUGAAGGACUACUAUGCUCACAGAGAUGACGAAAAGCACUGAUAAUCUCAGCACAUGGCAAAGCUUGUAUGACAUGUAUGAGGUGAAGGUGUAAGAUCUUAGAGAAAUUUUGUAUACCACAAAUUAUUGUGUGAGACAAAGGAUAUGACAAAGCUUACAGGUCAGGAGCGAGCAGCAGGCUGCAUGGAGAUGUACUGGAGCAGGUCUGAUCACCAGAAGCUCCAGUUUGCACCAGCAGGAUCUGCUACUGACGGUGCCAGAUGCUACAGGGCUCCUUUACAGCAUCACGAAGCAUAUAAGAUAAUAACGAUUCGAUUUAAAUAAGAAAAAUGAUGCCCUUCAAACCAAUGCAGCCCUUGAAGUUAAACUUCUUAUCCCAUUUCCCAGUAAGUACAUCUUACUGUGGUUCAGUCUUCCCACCAGCGAUGUGAGCGGAGGAGGUGAGGUGACAGGCAUUUCAUUAAAUGAGACACCGUCGCAUUGAGCAUCAUUUUAAACCAACAUCAACAGAUUAUGACAUAACUGCGUUAUCUAACCAAUGUUUUGCUGCAGCCCACUGAUGUAUUUACUUAUUCCUAUGAGACACGUGUUAAAGGUAUUUAUGACUAAAUAUUUAUCUUAAAUUGGAUGUUGAAAAGAUUUCUGCAAAGUAUACACCAGUGUAUCUGUGCUUGUAGCUCAUGUGCAAUACGUACUUUAACACAGAAUAGUCAAAAGUUUGGAGAAAGUCAAAUUAAGUUCACCUUUAAAGGUUUUAGUGCAGUUUAGGUUCAUUCUGACAUACAAAAAGUUGAAUAUUCCUAAUUUUAUGUCAGUAAUGUAAUUCAAAGUGUAUAGCAGAGUGAUUUCUGAGUGUCAGAUGGGAAGAAGAAGAAGGCACAAAUUAGUUGAUUAGAGAAAUUAUAGAAGGAAAUAACAUAAAAGGAAAAGAAACUUUUAAUGAUACUGAAGUUGAUGCUGAAUUGUGCUCGACCUUCUGGUAACCAUGGGUAACUUAUAUGCAGAAAUAAAAGGUAAAAGCAGUUCAGAUUGGCUUGUUUUCCAAGCAGUUGAAUUUAAUUUUAAAAAGUGAAGUACAGUGAGCAGCAGUAAUUAUCCCCCUGCAGAAAUAUGCAACCAGAGAUUUCUUUAGCAAGGAGCCCUGUUGCACUCUGACAUUUAAAACAGAGCCGAUGUGCUGCAGACCUGAUGAAGGAUCAUUAAAAGCUGUGGCAGGGGUACAAAUGGUGCCCUCCAUCCCCCCACUAUGGCCCCAAGAGACCAACAUAUACUCAAGACAUUUUACCCAAAAUAUUUUCAAAACUCAACUCAAAACAGCAACAAAUGAUGUAAUAACAUCCAAUACUGUUAUAGUUUUGACCAUUUUACAUGUUAUAAGCCAAUAGUGUAAUAAAUUGGAAGUAAUGUUAUACCUGUUUUUUUGUGCAAACUGCACAAAAGCAGUUAAAAUAAUUUAUUUCUGAGAAACACAGUCUUAUUUAUGUGUUAUUACAUUAUUGGCUGCAUUUAUUACAUUCUUAAAUCAUUUUUAUCCUAAACCAAAAAACCAACCAAUAGCUACUAACAUUACAGUAAUGGCUUCUUACUGGUAUAAUAUUUAAAAUGGCCUAAAUUAUGUUAUUAUGUUAUUGCUUCACAGUUGAUUGUUGCGUUUUAUGAUUGUUGGAGCUGAAAAAAAUCUGACUAAGCACAUGUCGACUAAUUAGCUUAGAAUUUUUAAGGUUUGUAUAAAAAUCCAGGAUUUUUAAAAUUCAGACCCUCAAGGCCUGUUUUUCCCAGUGAAUGAUUUACCUGCCAUCCUCUGUGGCUUCACAGCACCAAUGCUAUUGGAGGCUUUUUCAUGGUUUCCUUGUCAGCAGGGGGCUGUGUGACGUAAAUGUCAUCCUCAUCUUCAUCCCUGCUGAUAGUCACUGAAAGAGUAAAAUAAGAAGCUGUACAUCCUGACUGCAGAGAAG